AUGGAUCGUCUGGCUUUCAAGUCGACCAAGUCGCACACCAGUGAUCAAAUGCUUGAGGUUUUGGAGAGCCUUGGAGGAAAUAUCCAGUGCGCUUCCUCUCGUGAAUCCUUGAUGUACCAGUCUGCUAGUUUCAACUCCGCUGUCCCGACGACUCUGGGACUGUUGGCUGAGACUAUCCGGGAUCCUCUGAUCACCGAAGAAGAAGUGCUUCAGCAGUUGGCUACGGCUGAGUAUGAGAUUGGAGAGAUCUGGUCCAAGCCUGAGCUCAUCUUGCCCGAACUGGUACAUACCGCGGCCUACAAGGACAACACACUGGGAAACCCUCUGCUUUGCCCGCAUGAGAGGCUAGGCGAGAUCAACAAAGCGGUGGUUGAUAAAUACCGUGAAACCUUUUUCAACCCAGAGCGCAUGGUUGUCGCUUUUGCUGGUGUGCCGCACGCUGAGGCCGUCAAGCUUACAGAGCAGUACUUUGGUGAUAUGAAGACACACAAGAAGACGGACGGUCCUGUUCUCUCGGGCACGGGCAUCGAGACUACUCUGUCUGAAUCCCAGUCCGCCGCUGAGGAGGGCCAGGUGCCCACCAUUCCCCAGUUCACACCGUCAUCCACCACAACUACUACCGCAGCCUCCCCCAAGUCGGGAUUCCUUUCCAAGCUUCCCUUUUUGAAGAACCUCUCCAACUCUGGCUCGCAGAAUUCCGCCACGUCGCCGCUUGACCCAUCAUUGGUGCAGUCGUCGACGUUAGAUCUCAACCGUCCUUCCCACUACACCGGUGGUUUCCUCUCUCUUCCUCCGAUUCCUCCCCCUGCAAACCCCAUGCUGCCUCGGCUGAGCCAUAUCCACCUUGCCUUCGAGGCCCUUCCGAUCUCGAACCCUGAUAUCUAUGCCCUGGCAACCCUGCAAACACUCCUUGGAGGUGGCGGUUCCUUCUCUGCCGGUGGUCCCGGUAAGGGAAUGUACUCGCGUCUCUACACCAACGUGCUGAACCAGCACGGAUGGGUCGAAAGCUGUAUCGCGUUCAACCACAGUUACACGGAUAGCGGAAUCUUCGGUAUCUCCGCAUCUUGCAGCCCGACACGGACUACCGAGAUGUUGGAGGUCAUGUGCCGCGAGUUCCAGGCCCUCACUCUCGACACUGGCUACCAAGCCCUGCAGCCGCAGGAGGUUAACCGUGCGAAGAACCAGCUUCGCUCUUCGCUCCUCAUGAACCUAGAGUCACGUAUGGUGGAAUUGGAGGACCUCGGACGUCAGGUCCAGGUGCACGGCCGCAAGGUUGGUGUCAAGGAAAUGUGCGCACACAUUGAGGCUCUGACUGUGGAGGACCUGCGCCGGGUUGCUCGGGAAGUCUUUGGUGGUCUUGUCGAGAACAAGGGCCGUGGCACUGGCAGGCCCACCGUUGUGUUGCAGGAAGGCGAGUUGGAGGGCUACAGGCUCCGUCCUUUCCCCUGGGAGGAGAUCCAAGAGCGGAUUGCCCGGUGGAAGCUGGGAAGGAGGUAA